ACAAUCUAUCUCUCUAAAACCGGAACUUCGGGAUUUUACUCUCUCUCUCUUAUCUGCAAAUCCGUAUUAGGGAUUCUGCUUAACAACCUCGCGCAAACUCAGGGCAUUGCUCUCUCUCUCAGAAUCAACUCCGAUUCUGGAAGUGUCAUCUCUCUCUCGUUCUCUCUCUCUUUCUCUCAUGGCGGAUCAGAGAGUGCAGCACGUGAGCAAGGCAUCCUCUGAUAAGCUCCUGAACAAAUUUGCAGAUAUGGGGUCAGAUUCCGGCUUUCUGUCUGCCGGAAAGAUUAUUCAGCGUAAGCCCUGUAGUCGUAAAAGAGGCAGAGAGUUGAGGAUGGAGAUGAAGAACGGGGGAGUGGUGGAAUUGAGUUCUCUGUUGAUCCCAGGAAGCAAGAGGAAGACCAAUCUCUUCUCUCAUUUGAGGCUUGUUCGCUCUGAUCACGACUGGUUUCUUGUAGCUGCUUUUGAAAAGACUUGGCGUAGAACCAUGGAAGGAGCUUCGAAGAUGUUCGUUCACAAGUAUUGCAGGCAGCAGCAUCAUGUACGGCUAAUGAAUGAGGUUGAGAUUGUUUAGCUGAUAAGUCGAAUUGGGCGUGGGCUUGAGUGGUUAGCAAUUGACGUCAAGCAAUGCUAUAUCUCAAAUUCAGUUCCUACUACUGCUGAACUACCAAAAAAGAAAAGUCUCACUUUUUUUCUUUUUUUUUGAAUGUUGUUUUCUCUCAAUUUUUUAACUUGUGAGAGUAAAAAGAAGAAAAUUUGUUUGUUAGUUGUUGAUUUAAGAUGCGAUUGGCAUCUUCAUGUUGUGGCUUCAAAUGAAAAAUAAAA